AUGUCACGCGCCUCGGCCGGAUUUGCGGACUUCUUUCCCACGGCCCCAUCGGUCCUCCAGCAAAAGCGCUUCAAAUCAGCGGACCGUCGAGGGAAAGCCCCAGAUGUCCCCGAGGUGACCGCCUCUCUCGCAAUCUCCUCCGCUUCUCCCGGUGGGGCAUCUGAUAUGCCGGCUGCAGAGCGACAGUCAACUCGACCGCCCUCUGAUCUUCGGGGAGGAGAGAGAGAGAGGAGUUUAACAUUGCCUCCGCUGAUUGCUACUGCUCAUCCCCCUAUCGAUACCCCGACGACACUCAACAACGUGGAAUCAUCACCUUGCAAAGCGACAAGCCCAAAACUUAAGAUAGUGGAGGGGACCUCCUCAGGAAACACCGAGAGACCCAGCGAAGAUCCAGUCAAACCAUCCGUGACUCCCAUGCACACUCCUACAGCUCCUCAGUCUCAAAUUCGCCCGGAGGGCCACCAGGUAGUUUCCGACUCCGAGCUUGCUAGCCGCUCAUCUGAAGAGCAUCGAGUGGGCAUUCUUGCCAAUAGCCAAGCCACUCCUCCUGAUCCUCGUUUGGCAAUCGCCAACUAUACUCGAGGAUCGGCCUGCAAGCAAAAGUACAAAUAUCGUCCAGCCCCAUAUUUCUUGAAACCAUGGGCGCAUGAUCCCAUAACCAGCAUCGGCCCGGGUCCUCCCAUCCAACUGGUGGUUUCGGGAUUCGAUCCUCUGACACCGGUCGCCCCAAUCAGUGCUCUCUUCGCAAGCUUUGGUGAGAUCGCGGAGAUGAAAAACCGCACCAACCCCACCACAGGCCGGUUUCUUGGCAUCUGCUCCAUCAAAUACAAAGACAGUCCGGCAUUCCGUGGCGGUAAACCAGUUUCGGCGUCUAGUGCGGCAAAGCGUGCGUUUUAUGAAUGUAGAAAGGGACAACGAAUCGGGACUCGAAUAAUCCGGGUUGAGAUGGAUCGUGAAGGAGCCAAGUCCGAACGAUUGGCCGCAAAAGCAAUUGAGUCACAACGCUUGGCUUCCAAUCCCAUUUCAGCCCUCGAAUCCCAGUCGGACCCCAAGAAGAACGAACCUCCUCCAACAGCACCAAAAGGCCCCUCGGGAAGGUCUGCCGUUCGUCCUGGUGUCACGAUUCCUCGGGGCCCGAGUACCCCCUUGGGUCCCAUCGGAGUGCAGUCUCUGAUUGAAGAGACACCGGUGUUAAACCAGAUCAAACGUGACCCUUACAUUUUUAUUGCACACUGCUAUGUUCCAGUUCUCAGCUCUACCCUGCCACAUUUGAAAAAAAGACUCAAACUGUUUGGCUACAAGACCAUUCGUUGUGACAAGACCGGCUACUACAUCAUCUUUGAGAAUUCCCGACGGGGCGAGGAGGAAACAGAACGUUGCUUUCGACAUUGCCACAUGGAACCCUUGUUCACCUAUAUAAUGAACAUGGAAAGUCAGCCUUACGGAAACCCUAACCACGUUCGCAGCCCAAGUCCGGAGCGUCUCCGAGCCGAGGGACGAGAAAAAGCCCAAAAGGAGAGAUUCAAGAAGGAGGCAGAACUUGAUAUCGAAGAGGAAAAGAAACAACGUGCCGUCAACUUGGAUCCUUGCCGGGAAGUGUUAUCCAUUAUCAUUCGGGAUCUGAGAGACAAACUUCUCGAAGAUGUCAAGUCGCGCGUUGCCGCUCCUGCCUUGUACGACUAUCUUGAUCCUAGUAAACAUGCUGCUAGGAGAGAAAGAUUGGGGAUUCCUGGACCAGAGGGCACGAAACAGCCUUCUUUCCGAAUCGGUGGAGACAGUGCACUGGGGACUCCAGGCUCGCGCUCUGGCUUGUCCAAUGGCCGAGAUCCACUCCGUUCCACCAACCUCAGUGUACUUGCUCUUCCGCGCAUUCGCAAGGCCCACGGCUCUGACCGCCCUGAAGCCGCCUUUGUGGACGAGCGACGCCGACAACCUCUUCGAAAGAGAGAAGUUCGGCCUCUAUACCAUCGCCUGCAGGCGUUGCAUGACGAUGAGGAUUCAGAUGAUGAACAACGCACACCACUCGCCCGAGAUACUGAGGAGAGAAGCAGCCGUCCCCCGAGCCGGGCAAGCUCUGUAUCGGAGUCCGAGGAGGACGAGCGAUAUCAGUCGGAUGCAGUAGGGUCUUUUGCUGAAAGCAGUGCCCAGGUGGCAGAUGAAGCAGAUGAAACGGACAAAACCAGCGACGGAUCUGCCCAUGACUUGGAAUCGUUGGAUGCUUCCACGCUAAAAAGAAAGCGAUUGCCUGGGGAGACCGAUGCACGCAAACGCCCACGGCAAGAUGAUGAGCAUUCCGGCAUUGUGCCCCAGCAGGCGGGUAUUGACGACAUCACAUCGUCUUCCACUGUCAAUACCGCUGAUUCUCUUGUUCAAUUGCCAGUGCAUGGUAAGCCCAUGAAGAAACAAGUUGUCGAUGUUGUCACAGAAGAAACCGUCCCUCACGAUAUUUCCGAUGGCGACCAUUCUUGGGAAUCUCAAGGCAUUGAUAAACCUGGAGCUGAGAUUAAAUGGGGAGUGUCUAAGCACGAACCACGCGCGACUGUGGAAGAUGAUGAGGCUAUUAUUCUGGACUUAGAUGGUUGGCAACGCCUGAUCAAGGAUGAGGAGGACAUGCGGUUCCUGCAGGAAAUAUUACUAGAUCAAGUUGCAUCCAACGUCGGGAAUCUUUCCGCGUGGGCAUGGCGGCAAAAGGAGAUCAAGGCUCUCAAUCAGCCAGAGCCCAGGGGGCCAACUCACGAUUUGAUUGGCAUCACUGGCUACUAUGUUGCAAAUCCAACAGGUGCAGCCCGGACCGAAGGCCGAAAGAAGAUCCUUGAGUCAGAGAAAUCAAAAUAUUUGCCGCAUCGGAUUAGGGUCCAGAAGGCUCGCGAGGAACGUGAGGCGAAUGCGAAGACUGAUCCCCAAGCUGCAGCUGCUGAAGCUGCAAGGAUUGCUGCUGCAAAGACCAUCUCCAAAUCGACUUCACGGUCAACUCGUGUCAAUAAUCGACGACUCAUCGCAGACAUCAAUGCGCAGAAACAAGCCCUCCCGACCUCCGGCAUUGAGGGUGAUGCUCUUCGAUUUAACCAGCUCAAGAAACGGAAGAAGCCGGUUCGCUUUGCUCGGUCCGCAAUCCACAAUUGGGGCCUUUACGCCGAAGAGAACAUCUCGCCGAAUGAUAUGAUCAUUGAAUAUGUUGGUGAGAAAGUCCGACAGCAGGUCGCUGAUAUGAGAGAACGAAGAUAUCUCAAGAGUGGCAUUGGCAGCAGUUAUCUCUUUCGGAUUGAUGAGAACACAGUCAUCGAUGCCACUAAACGAGGUGGCAUCGCGCGCUUUAUCAAUCAUAGCUGCACUCCUAAUUGCACCGCUAAAAUCAUCCGAGUCGAUGGGAGUAAGCGGAUCGUGAUCUAUGCGCUUCGGGAGAUUGAACGAGAUGAGGAGCUCACUUACGACUACAAAUUUGAACGAGAAUGGGGCAGCGACGACCGUAUCCCUUGUCUAUGCGGCUCAACUGGCUGCAAAGGAUUCCUCAAUUAG